AUGACUACGCAAUCACUACAUGAAGAAAGCCAAUCAGCUAACAAGGAUGACGGUCUUCAUGCUCCCAUGCUAGGCAAGACGUCUCCUAUGCUUUCUUACUUUUGUGUCUACAAUCCAUCGCUCGGACCCACUGAAGAAAACACAAAAGACCAGAUCCUAUAUUAUACAGCCAAGCGAGUCGUCCCAGCUGAUGUUAAGAUGAAACAAGUUGGCCUAGCUCAGGCCUUGGUCAAAUUUACUUCCGCUUUUUCACCUUCCAAGCCCACGCAGAAUGUCCACACACAGAAGAACCGCAUGAUAUUUCUUCAACCAGAACCUGGUUUUUGGAUGUAUAUGUGCGUAGAGCUCGGUAUCCUUCGAAGACAGAUUAGAGACGCAAAAGGAAAAGAAAAGCUUGUCACUGAAUAUCUAGAUACCCAACUGAGUGACCGUGCGCUUGAGUCUGUACUGAAGAUUGGUUAUGAGCAGUUCAAACUCCUUCAUGGUACAUUCUCGUAUAUUCUCUAUCAAGACGACGAAGAUAUAAGCGGUCUUCCUAGCCGACAGCGAACUCGAUCUCUCAUGCACUGCAUCGAAGAGUUCUUCUCUGAGUGGAUAUGGAAAUGGGAUUUUGACCGACUAGAUACUAUGGUAUUCUCGGCUGUAUUCAACGGUGUUCCUGUGCAACCUAUAUUAAGAACAAACUAUCUCAAAGUACAUGAGUUGGAUCGUGCCCUUCACGAGAGAUUCAACCAGUCCAUAGAUCAUGUGCUUGUAUUUGAUUCAGAUGAAGGGGGGUUACUUUACAGGUCCCCAUCCCUGAACAUAAGAGAUGUCUGCGCACUAAGAAAAUAUGUCUUUAAACGUAUCGAGAAGAGCAUAGCCCGAGAGAAAGAAAUCUCGGGCCUUAAGUUCUUUACAAAGUCAAUUUCACAAUCACAUUUCCUGGGAUUCUUUACUUCUUCGUUGUCUACUAAAACAACGGCUCCCGUUACUUCUGCACCUGUUUCAGCUGUAGGGUCUCAGACCUCCCUUCCCGAUCUUUUGGACACAGCAGAGGCUGCGCCAGAAAUAGAAGCCGAUGCUAACCCUGACACAAUGGAUAUCAACCCAAAAAAUGGUAAAUAUCUAACAGGUCUUGUUCAGUCAACUUCAGUCGACAUGAAUGGAGAUGAGAGGACAGUCACUCGUAUAGAAAUGGCACAAGUAUAUCUUAGCAGCAGGUCUGCUCUUGAUACCUCCCCUGACAAACCACACAACAGCACUUAUGGACAUUCCAAAGAUGAUGAAGAUGAAAUCUUGACAGAAUAUUACUUAGUCAUCUACAAGCACAAAGCCAAUAUUGUAUGGUCUUUCUUGCUUCCUUCAUUUUCACAAGAAGCCGAGGAUUUAUUAGCAGAUCAAAAAUUCUACAGCAUGUUAGAAAAAUACAUGGUAGAAGAGCAGAACCUGAAUGGGAUUACUGAAGCCAUUGUUUCCAAUGUCAGAAGUGCUCAAGAAAAGAGUAAUUCCUUGGGAAAACAUUAUAAAUGUUUUUAUUAUGACAAUGCUACCCUCAACAUGAAAUCUACAAUGGUUAAUCAACAAGGUCGGAUUAUCUCAAAGUAUCAGAACGAUGGAAAGUUUGUAGGGGGUAUUCCAAUGACCAACGAUAUGCUUCUCCAGUUACUGGACCUCAAAGAAGAUUUUGAAAGACUACCUCGCACUACCGAAAUAUACACACGUUCAAUAGCCAACUAUUGGAUUGCGGGACACAGGCUUUACAACACAGUACUAACAAGAGAUCGAAAAAACGAGGACAUAAAAGACACAAAAGACAAGCCAGCAAAUGAUACAGAAACUUCAACAGAAGAGACGGAUAAUGUGCCAAAAGCAUCGGAAACAACUUCAACAUCAGAAGCAUCAGACCAAGAAAAUAGCAACGACAAGAAGAAUGGAGACAAUCGUGGAGAAGACAAGGGAUGCUCAUUUGAAGAGCAUUUUAGCCGCUCGUCAAUAGAUAGUGUACGCACAAAGAGUAUUGAAGAUUACACGGAGAUAUAUUUGGUGGCUGCCAAAAAGGAUACUUCAUUGGCGGAUGUAGAAGAAACACUUAACAGAAUGACUACUUCCCUUGUGGAUGCCAUGCAUCUUGAGUAG